AGCACAAUGGAGCCUGAGGUGGUUCGUCCCGGUCCCUCCCCCUUUUUUUUCUUUUUUUUUUGCCACGUGGUAUGUUCCAGCCCAGUAUUUAAAUCCGGGAGCUUGAAGACUGUGCUGUUUAUGCUCUGAAAAACCCGUGCAAUCCAGGAAGCAGCUGAGAAUCACACAGAGAAGGAGAAAGCGGGGGGGUGGGAACCGGAUCGGCACCACACUGAAGCUGGCGACAGCACCAACUAGGAGAAAGGAACAAGAGAGAGGGGGACAUCGUGCGGUCAUUGUGGUGCUCGAGCAGCAGGGAGAAUAUCCCAUCUCUCCUCUCUGUUUGCUGUCAUUCUCUUGUGCACCGGGCCAGCGGGGGAGGGUGCAUCGGCUGUCCCAGGCCUAGUUAGAUGUCCCAGCAUCCCGCAGGAGCUCAGACCAGGCCACUGCGACAGUAACUGUGAGAGCAGGACAAGCGAGACAGGGCAGAGGAGACUUGUGUGGUGCAUCUGGGCCCAAGCCCCUCAAGCCCCAGCGUUCCCUCCCAGGAACCCCCGUCUCGCUGAAACACUUCCCCGUCGACCUUCGAACCUCCAUGGAAGAGAAGUACAAAGAGAUAGCAGAGGAGCUGUUCACGCGCAGCAUGGCGGAGAGUGAGAUGCGCAGCGCGCCCUAUGAGUUCCCCGAGGACAGCCCCAUCGAGCAGCUGGAGGAGCGGCGGCACCGGCUCGAGCGGCAGAUCAGCCAGGACAUUAAGCUUGAGCCAGAGAUCUUGCUGCGCGCCAAACAGGACUUCCUGAAAAUCGACAGUGCUACAGACCUCGAGUUAAUGAAGCAGAAGAGCGUUGAUGCUGUCGAUAAUGGCCUUAACGAGCGGGAAAUGCCGAUGGAGAGAGAGUACCAGCGGGUGUCAAUAUCAGGAGAGGAAAAAUGUGGGGUGCCGUUCACUGACCUGGUGGAUGCCGCCAAGUGUGUGGUGAAGGCUUUGUUCAUUCGGGAGAAAUACAUCAACAGAUCCAUGCAGUCUUUUUGCAAGACCACAGCUCACUCCUUGCAGGAUCUGGGCUUGACGCCGCUGGAUAUGGGAAUCUAUGACGAAAUCCCAGAGACCCCCGUCGAUGCCGAUGCCCCCGUCCACCCGCCCGUUUCGGAGACGCAUCCUUACGACAAUCAGGACCCCAUAAAUAUGCCCAUGGACACGGGAUAUGGCUGCAAGAUGGUAGACGGCGUCAUGCACGUCUACACCAAGAAGAGCAACAUGGACAAAAGUACAGAAUUAGACCUGCCGUAUCCCGACCUGAAAGAAUACAUUGCAGACAUGAACGUCAUGAUGGCUCUUAUCAUUAAUGGCCCGGUGAAGUCUUUCUGCUACCGUCGCCUACAGUACCUAAGCUCCAAAUUCCAAAUGCACAUCCUCCUGAAUGAGAUGAAGGAGCUGGCGGCCCAGAAGAAAGUCCCACACAGAGAUUUCUACAACAUACGCAAAGUAGACACGCACAUCCACGCGUCCUCCUGCAUGAACCAGAAGCACCUGCUGCGCUUCAUCAAGAGAGCCAUGAAGAAGUACCCCGAAGAGAUAGUUCACAUUGAGCGCGGCCGGGGUCAGACCCUCAAGGAGGUGUUUGAGACCAUGAACCUGACGGCCUUCGACCUGAGCGUGGACACGCUCGACAUGCACGCGGACCGCAACACGUUUCAUCGCUUUGACAAGUUCAAUGCCAAGUACAACCCCAUCGGAGAGUCCAUCCUCAGAGAGAUUUUCAUCAAGACCGACAACCACAUUGAGGGGAAAUACUUUGCGCACAUAGUCAAGGAGGUUAUGUCAGACUUGGAGGAGAGCAAGUACCAGAACUCUGAACUGCGGCUGUCCAUCUACGGUCGCUCCGGAGACGAAUGGGACAAGCUGGCCAAGUGGGCUAUCAAACACCGGGUGUAUUCAGAUAACGUGCGCUGGCUCGUCCAAGUGCCCCGCCUUUUUGACGUGUAUCACACAAAGAAGCAGCUGGCUAACUUCCAAGAGAUGCUGGAGAACAUCUUCCUGCCGCUAUUUGAAGUCACCAUCAACCCACGGAGUCACCCCGAGCUGCAUCUCUUCCUGGAGCACGUGGUGGGCUUCGACAGCGUGGAUGAUGAGUCCAAACCCGAGCACCACAUUUUCAAUCUGGACAGUCCGCUGCCGGCCAACUGGAGAGAGGAGGACAAUCCACCCUACUCCUACUACCUCUACUACACCUACGCCAACAUGACCGUGCUCAACCACCUCAGGAGGAGGCGAGGCUUCCAUACGUUUGUGCUGCGACCUCACUGCGGAGAGGCGGGGCCGAUCCACCACCUGGUGUCAGGUUUCAUGCUGUCAGAGAACAUCUCUCAUGGUCUGCUGCUCAGAAAGGCCCCCGUGCUGCAGUAUUUGUACUACUUGGCUCAGAUCGGCAUCGCCAUGUCGCCGCUGAGCAACAACAGUCUGUUCCUCAGUUACCACCGCAAUCCGCUGCCGGAGUACCUGUCGAGAGGCCUCAUGGUGUCCCUGUCCACCGACGACCCCCUCCAGUUCCACUUCACCAAGGAACCACUUAUGGAGGAGUACAGCAUUGCAACCCAAGUAUGGAAGCUGAGUUCCUGUGACAUGUGUGAGCUGGCAAGAAACAGUGUUCUCAUGAGUGGAUUCUCACACAAGGCUAAAAGCUAUUGGCUGGGCCCCAGCUAUUACAGAGAGGGUCCGGAGAGCAACGACAUCCGUCGCACCAACCUCCCUGACAUCCGGGUGGCGUACCGCAGCGAGACGCUCUCGGAGGAGCUUCAACUCAUCACCCACGCCGUGCGCACCGAGGAGCUGGAGACCAUCAACGAGGAGGACUCCCUGUGCAUGGGGCCUCUCCCGGGCGGCCGCUGAUGAUUAGACAUCCACCCCCGCCCCCACCACCCCUACUCUCUGGUCUAGUAAACGCACACCUCCGUCGUUCACCUCGCACACCUUACAGGCAAGUGAGAGCAAACCGUACGCCAAGGAAGCAGUCCUGUCAGUGCACUUAUACCCUCACAGCGACAGCAUGAAGGUCAGCUGGGGGCAACACAAGCUAGCACAACCCUCCCCUCCCCCGCCAGUAGAGACGCUGCCAUUUUAUGGGUCUUCUCUGCGAGCAUCCAUCCAUCCAUCCAUUCAUCCAUCCAUCCAUGCUCCGUAGUCUUACGUGUUCUCCGUGAAUGUCAGACGUGCUGCACAAGCAAACGUUUGCAGCUGAAAGCACAGCAAAGUUUUUAAGAAGCGUCCCGGUUAUUCCUUCUGUGUUUGGGAGUUGGACUCUGCAUGCAUUCCACGGAGCAAGAAUGAAAGCGUUCUUGUGGGAUUUCAAGCAUUCAAACAAAGAAAAAGAAAAGCAGGAGAGCUUGUUUACCUCACUGUGGCCAUCAAGAAGCGGUGCCUCCACACUCAUUCCUUAUUUUUUGGCUUUUCUUGCAUGCGUCGCACUGUACAUAUGCACCCAGACUUCACAGUGCCUUUGUCAUGGUUCACUUGUUGCAUGCGUUCAUUUCCUCAAAGUAGCUUGUCUUUUUUCUUUUUUGGGGGUGUUUUUGCAUGCUGGCAUGAGUCAUGACGACGUUUUGAGUUGUUUACAGAAAGCUGCAACGUAAAGCGACAACACUUUCAUGGCUGAAUGCCCUCCAGCUACAGCAGGGGUGUCCAAAGUGCGGCCCGCGGGACUUGUUUUGUUUGUUUUUUUAACUGGCCCUCGGCAUAUUGUAAUAGUAGUACAAUGAAUACAUAUAAAAAUGGGGGUGCACGAUAAUUAUCGGGCCGAUAUGAGCAAUUAUGAGGUCAGACCGACAAAUCCGAAAAAAAACGCUCCAAUGAAGCAAGAUUACCCAUACUGUGCUGGUGAGCAAAUCAAGUGCGUCUUUUUUUUCUGUGAUGUUAACAGCCUGUCGUAAAGUCGCCUGUGCUCGCUUGUAAACAAACAUUGACUGUUUCAGGGACAUUUUGCGUGCGAUGAUAGAAGGAGGGGGGCAUCCAUCACACAAAAAACCUUAUCAGCCACCUGAAACGCCAGCAUCGCUUCCGGCUUGUUUUGCCGCGGCCUUUGAAAAGCGCAAAAGGUUUGCCAGAGAUCUCCGUGGCGUCACACCGGCUGCUCGGAGCGUGUGCCCGAAUACAGCGCACCUUGCUGGGCCUCGUCAGUUGUCUCCUCCCCUCUAUACUUUAGUUCUCCUGAUAGUAGUGGUGUGUUAGUAGUAAUGUUAUGAUAUUUGAUUAGGACAGAUUAACAGGUACAGUUGGUCAAAUCCUAAUUUAAGUUAUCGGUCUGGAGAAGCAGAAAGUUAUGGAUAUUGCAUCUCUUACUUAAUCAUGAGAUUAGCAUGAGUAUUAUUAGAUAUUACUGCCGUUUGUUGUGUCAAAGUGCCCCCUUCAGCUUUUCAGAUCCCACACAUCAAAGAGUCAGUCCCCAAAAAUAUACAUCAUUUCUUCAAACAGCGGCCUCCGCUCGCUUUGAUGCCAUGCCCCACUUAAUUGUUUUGUUAUUUUCACUUUCACUUUCACUUGUCCCUGUCGCCCGCCUGAGUGGUUUUGGCUUAGCUUUUACACCGCCGUAUGCCCUUCCUGAUGCAACCCACACCCGCCGUCUACCGUUACACCACCGGGGAUGCCCCGGCGCAUAAAUGCGGCUGUCAAAUGCGCCCCCUCCACUGCGCCAUUCGAAAAACAUCUCAGGUGGGAUCUCCUUGUCAUGCCGGUAACGUUGGAAGCCAUCAGGAUCGUCAAGGCAGAAUAAAACUUUCUUCCAUCUUUCAGUGUCCCAUGUUUGGUGCUCUCCUGCAAAUUCCAAACGUUGAAGGACACGAGGCCUUUGAAGAGUUUUUUCUUCUUAAAAGCAUUCUCUGGCAGAUGGCGUCUGAUGGUUAUUGGACCGCACUCAGCAACAGUAACAACCUUCAUUUGGGACGAGGAUGGUCCCGUGUCUUGAAAUGCGCACAUGCGAAAGCUUUAUUGACGAAAAUUCAACGCAAUUACCGCAGCAGUUGUUAGAUAAAGUCUAAAAUGUAGAAAAAUUGGGAGAAAACUUAAUAAAAGUAUGCACAAAUGGAGGAAAAACAUGUCAACAGUCACCCAUUCUCCCGUGGACAUAAACGGGUUCCACUUUGCAACAUCUGUUCUAAUAUUAACAAAAUGAUAUUGAUAUAGUGAUGAUCAUAUAAGGUCAUUAUUAGAAUUAUGUGUGGAACAAAGAUAUCAGAAUAUUUUUUAUGAUUUUAUCAUUCCUUUCCAAAUGCCUGCUACUCUGCACUUGAGAAAAUACCGGCCACUUUAUUAGGUACACCUUUACAGUAAUACACUUUCUCUCAGCCACUGUCAAUCAACACUAAGCAUCAUCCUUAUUAUUAUUAUUAUUAUUAUUAUAUUUAGGAUACAGCUCUUGUUUAGCCAAAUAUUCCACUUCAAACGAAAUGCAACGUUAAUGUCACGGUCUGUCAGGAUUCGGGUUGCGGCUGCUUGACCCCCUGUACGCAGAAACGAGGCGGUGUCGUGCCAAAAUAAAAGUCCUUUCAUGGUGCAUGAACUCACAAACUCAAUAACAAAAAGCGACAGAGUGGAGGCUCUGUGGAAAUAUAACACAUGUGCAUCCAAGGUAGUAACAACAGGAUAGGAGAACGUCUAGGUGACAGCACCGUUGAGUGUACGAGGAACGACGACAAUGAAUCAGCGUCGUACAUUCGACGGCGCUGGCCUUUUAACUGCCACAAAUGUUAAUUGCCUGCAGCCUGCAGCUGCGCGGCCACCAGGCGUGAAGCGCCUGCCUCUUCCCCGCAGAAAGCACAGUCCGCCAAAAUAAGAGCACACGACAGGAAGCGCUCGCCCCUGUCCUGCGGAACAUGACAGGUAAUGUUGAACUCGCCCAUAAGCGAGUACAAGCCACAUACUGGAGGCUAAGCUGUGUAGCGAAAACGGUGGUGCUCGACAUGCAACAUCGUUCUGAGGUGGUAAAAAAAAACAAGCACGACAUUAGACCUUUACAGGUGUACCGAAUGUUGAGGCCCUUCGGUGUUCAUCGGCCCCUGUUUCUCGUCGGAUUCUUCUCAUUUUUUUUAAACUUCCGAGCUAAGCUUAAGGGUUGCACUGCACAUGUGCCGCAAAUACGCCGGCACGUGUGACAACCUGUUGAGUUUAUAUAGAAACGUGCAUUAAAAAAGGGAUACGAGCUUUUGUAUUUAUAUUUAUCAGCUUGAUCAAUGUUCCAUGGCGGGGUUUAGUUAUGAAAGUCCAUUUAUUUGACAUUUUCGAGUGUAUUCGCUUGUUUAGUGGCCCGUACAUGUAGACACGCUCCCUUAGUCAAACAAUUUGAUAUAUUAAACAGCCAGCAGGGGGAGACAAGAACAAGAAUGAUGUGACUUCUUACACUUUCACAGAUAGUUGUCUUUUCCUGUCUUAUUUAAAGUCUUAUUACAUACACACUGUUUAAUUUGCAAAUCAAGUCAAGUAUUCUUACCUAUAAAAGCUACUACGUAGAGAUAUGUUUGUUUUAUUUGAAUGAAGUCUAGUUCAUCUUGGCUAGCCGAGCUAAACAGUAGCUCACUCAUCAAUAGAUGGCGCCAUACAUGCUUGGUACACUCAUUUUACACACUCUAUAUCAGGGGGUUUUCAGCUGUUGGUUUGUUUUGUCUUUAAUAACCCACUGUACAUUUUAAAAAAUAUAAUUCAACAAGAAAAAAUGAAGCAAAAAUAGAAAAAUCACUAAUUGUACAAGAAUAAAGAAAAAAAUAUCUCUCUUAAUUUUAUUUUUUUUAAUUUUCCAACUAUUUCAACUGUCUUUUUUUUCUGCUGGUGAUUACAAAUUUAUUCCCAUAAUAUUUUUUAGUUCAUUCUUGUAAGAUAACUUUUUUUUUACAAACUGAUUUUCCUAAAAUUACGUUAUUUGUUGUUUAGCUAAUUUUCAUAAUAUCACAACUUAAAAAAAAAAUGUCUAUUACGUUGGUCACAAAAUUAUGACUUUUUCUGGUUAGAUUACAGCUUUUUCCUCUUAAUAUUUUGACUUUGUUAUUGUAAAAUGACUGUUGUAAUCUAGUGAGAAAAAGUUGUACUACGAGGAAAAAUAAGGUCAUUUUAGUCGCAUAACGUUGAAAUAUUAAAGAAGCAUUUUUUUUAAAAUACGUUGAAAUAUUAUGAGAAACAAAUAACAGUGUAAUUUUUGGAAAAUUAGGUUGCGAAUAAAGUUAUGUUACAAGAACCAAGUCAAAAUAUUAUGGGAAAUAUUAUUCAGCAGAAAACUGAAAUAGUUGGAAAAUUUUAAACAAGAGAAUAAAGUCAAAAUGUUAAGAAAAAAGUUGUAUUCUAAUGAGAAAAUGGCGCAAUUUCCUCAUAUGAGGCAAAAUAAUGUCGUUUUGGUAGCAUAGAGUUGAAAUAUUAAAGAAAAAGUGUGUUGUUUUUUAAAAACGUAAUAUGUGAAACAAAGUUGUAAUUUUUGGAAAAUUGGGUGAAGGAAAAAGUUACAAUAUUGGAAUAACGUCAUAAAAUUACGAAAAGAAAGGUGACAUAGAAUAUUUAAGGAGAAAGUGAGCAUAUUUCCACAUGUGGCCCUCGGUGGAAAAAGUUUGGACACCCCCUGCUCUACGUAAACUGACGUAUGUUUACUACUUGAGUUUAAAGGCCGCAUUUUUACUCAUGAAAAGUACGUCCAUCCACUGUUUAAUAUCAGUGCAACGUUUAAUUUGUUUGUGACAAGAAGAUUCUGAGCUUUUUCUGACCACAUUCUCUCAGUAGCUUCUGCACUUUAUGAUGCCUUCUGUGAUACAACAGAAAUAAAUACACGUCGACUUUACAUUCAUAGAAUAUAUAAAAUAUAUUUUGUCAUUGGCUCUCCCCACUUCUUAACGUUGCUUUCUGACAUAUAUCCCUCCUAAAUGUCUCACACGAUGUAGCACGUCCUACCUCACAUAAUAAAUGUGUUUCACGCUCUCUCUCGUCUGACAAAUAGAAAAAUCCAUCAAAUAUCAGCUAGUAACACAUUACUCAUCCUCCCUAGAGAGUGUUUUCUAAGCCUUUUAGUGUACUUUCUCAUCCACCAAUCAAGUGUCCCAUUGGUCUGAAUUGUGUUUCAGUAUUUCCGGACAUUUUGUGUUUAAUUUUGCCUCCCUUUGGUCUGCUGUUAAAGUUAUAUUCCCCACUUCAUGUUUUUACAGAUGUUAUAUCUAAGCAGUUCAAAUAAAGCACGUUUAUUCAUGAAA